AGCAAAUUUGGCAAGAGAUGGCCUUAUUGGGAAGAUCUCCUUUACAUCUGACUGGUCUGAAGCACAACUUAAAGAAGAAAUUACUGCCAUUUUCAGAAGAACGUUUGCAUUGUCUAUGGGCCAGUCAUUCCCAUUCGAGUAUUUGAGUACAGUCAAGGGAUGCAAAAGACUAAUGAAACCAAACGUCUCGAGCAGUUUUCUUUGGGGUGGAAAGGAAGUUGCCUCGAUUAGUUCAGCCACUUGUCUCUAUAUAAUGGCAUUAAUACGCAAACCUGUACAGGUAAACAGUUUAUAUGACAGUACAGAGUUUCAGUUAUGGGCAACAUUCAAUGUUUUAGAAGUAAAAAUAUGUAUGUUGCUUAUUCUGCUUCUUUACAUAAAUAGCAUAUCCUUUUUUUAGGUUAACUAGCAUUGCCACUGGCUUGAUGUAUUAUAUAUCACACAUAACAUACUUUUUUCUCCAGGAGGAACCUGAGGAACUCUCCGAUAGUGACUUUGAAAGUCCUGUGGGCUGGAGAAGGAGAGUUCAUACAGUGUCACCUUCCACAAGUGAAAGUGAGCUCAUCAGUCAAGGGAGUGAAAAUGACAGACUGCAAGAAAGUCCAUCGCGUCAAAGAAGAACCCUGUUUAUCUGGAAGAAGAUGAGGCUCUUGAAGAGGCAAUUCAGCGUAGUCUACUAGAAGAGUGUGAUGGACCUGCUGUUAAUACUUUAAAGUCAUCUGAAAUGCUGAGCAAAGAAGAAAUUGCAGGCCUUCUACAAGCUCACAGUGAGAGAGUUAUGACAUUGGGAACAAGACAGAUCUAUAUCAGUCGAGCCAAUGUUUGGACCACAGCCUUACGUGUGUUUAAGAGACCCAGUUUUGCAGAAAGCUGUGACAAGCUCUAUGUCACAUUUGCAAGCGAUGAACAUGAUGCUGUGGAAGAUGCUGCUGACCUUGGGGGUCCCAGACGAGAGUUUUUCCGCUUACUGGUGAAGGCUAUCUUCCAGGACAGUGGAGCUUUUGAAGGCACACCAAAUGGAUGCACACCAAGACUGAACAUGCUCCACUUGCAAAAUGGAGUGUAUCGAACCAUUGGCAGGAUGAUGUCUACAAUAAUAGUGCAAGGGGGUGAACCACCUGCAUUCCUGUCCCCGAGUGUAGUGGACUACAUUGUGUCUGGGGACAUCCUUCAAGCUCAUGUGACACCUGAUGAUAUAGGUGACCCUGAUUUAAGGGAGAACCUCAAUAAGGUUCAACAUGCAACCUUGCAGGAUGAUUUGGACAAAGCAGUCAGCUGCUGUGACUCAUGGCGAUAUCAAGUAGAGGGGCUUCCACUCACAGUCACCAUGGCCAACAGAGAUGUGUUUGUGAAAAAUGCAGUUCUAUACCAUACUGUUCUGCAACGGCAGAGCUGUCUUGAUCAACUCAUUGAUGGCUUGUCCCACUAUGGAGUUUUAGCACUCCUGAGAGAGAACCACAGCUUGCGUGUGCUGCUUGACAUACCAGGAGAGGACAAAGGUCAAGAAGCUGAUUUUGUAGCUGGUAUUCUCAAGCCAAGCUACUCCGUACUGGGGAGCAACAGAAGAGCUAAGGAGGAGUUGAUGGUGGUCAAAUUUAGGGAGUUUCUCCAGUGUGUUCAAAAUAAAGAGCUGAGAGACACAUAUGGGGACAGGACUCUAACCGACGAUGAGGAGGCAUUCCUGAAGACUUUGAGCCCUGGUCACAUCCUGGCGUUUGCUACAGGGGAGCAGCAAAGUCCCAGCCAUUGGUUUUCAUCCAACUCCUAA